AUUUGUUCGACUACGGAGAUGCAAGGAGAGUCGUAUCUAUCGUAUCCAUCGAGAGUCGAAGAUUCGUCCGGCACGCUGCCGUUUUGGAGCCGACCACUUGCUUUUGGGAAAGAUAUCGACCACAAAAUAUUGAUGAUUCAGGUCCCUGACCGCGUUUGCACGACAUGUAACCAGAUGCAAAUGGUUGUAACCACUUAAAAUAGUCCCUGCAAGACAAAAUGCAAGGCAAAAACCUUGAGAUGAUAGAUAAGGCCUGUGUGUUAACGCGAAACGCGGGGUAUAUAAGAACGUACCACCAGCAGUCAGCAUUUUUAAAAAUCACUGCAGUAAAGCGUUACUUCAAAUUAUCUUCUCUUGCCCGCACGGUUGUGCUCGAUGAUGGAUACCAUAGAUGUACAUCGAGAACGGGGGGAUUCUACAUCUCAAAACUCCAUAGAAUCCCCUAUCUCCGAAAAGAAGACUGCGGAUAUUGAGAUCGAAGCUGUCGACUCAAACGAUUUUCGGGAUAUCUCCAGCGAGAAGCUCAUCGUACCUGGAGAAGACGAUGUCGUCAUCGACCCUCGUCUGAAAGAUUACCCUAUCCCUUUGCUGGCCAAGACUGUUGACCUGCACAAUGACCCGACGUAAGUGCAUGCCGAAACAACGCCCAAAAUUUAUGCAAAUUCUUAUGAUCUUGAUGCAGGGAACCGAUCCUCACGUUCCGAUUCUGGUUUUGUUCUACUUUUUGGGUGGUUAUUGGAUGCGGAGUUUCUUCGUUCUAUUACUUUAAGCCAUAUUCCAUGAACCUUACGAGUUAUGCCGUACAACUGUUGUCUUGGGGUAUGGGCACUAGCAUGGCUGCUUACCUACCAAAGCGAGUCUUCAAUACCUUUGGUUUCAAAUGGACUCUCAACCCAGGGCCAUGGAAUGCAAAGGAACACGCACUCGUGGUGGUGGCUUAUUGGGGUAGUGUAAGUGUAUUUUCUGGCUCUUUCUCGUUACUUCCACUGACCAUAAUAAUAAGUGCUACACUGCGUAUGGUCUCGGUCCACUCUCUGCAAUGGAAUUAUACUAUGGUCGCAGGAUAAAUGCCGGUUGGGGAAUUCUAUUCCUCAUCACGACCCAAAUGAUAGGUUAUGGAUUUGCAGGACUCUUUCGGGAUAUCCUCAUUCGACCUCCUAAUAUCUACUAUCCGGGAGUUUUACCAAACGUGUCUCUGUUCAACGCCAUGCACAAGAACCCCGCUGUUACGAAGAAAUCUCUCAAGUUCUUCACUAUUGUUGCAUGUUGCGCAUUCUGUUAUGAAUGGUUUCCUUCGGUCAUUUUUCCACUUUUGAGCUCAAUUCCACUGAUUUGCUACUUUGGCCACGGUAAUUGGAAAGCAUAUGUGAUGGGGUCUGGGUAUAAUGGCUUUGUAUGCUCCCGUGAUUUUGAUAAAAAUUGCCACAUACUAAUGAAUAUUCCAGGGAUUUCUCGAUAUCAGCUUGGAUUGGAACUACGUCUCCUUUUUCUCACCUCUUUAUACACCGCUCUGGGCAAAUGCGAAUCAAUUCAUGGGUGCAAUUCUAGCAUGCUGGAUGAUUUACCCUCUUUUGUAUUUCACCAACAGCCUCAACGCUUUGAACUUCGCCCCUAUGGGCUCUGGUACGUGGGAUAGCACUGGCGCCAAGUAUAAUAUUUCUCGAAUACUCAAACCAGAUUUCACGCUGGAUCACGAAGCAAUGGAUGCUUACUCUACACCCUAUUGGUCUGCAUCUUAUGCGCUUCAAUUUUUCUUUGGGUUUGCUGCAUCUACUGGAGCCAUGGUAUACUCAGUGCUGUGGUAUGGUAAGCCAGCUUACCAGGGGAUGAAAGAUGCUUUUAGAAAUAGAAGAAGUAACUAUAAUGAUCCUUACCUUAAGCUGAUGGAAAUACACCCUCGCGUGCCGCAUUGGUGGUAUGGAAUUUUGUUGCUCAUCUGCUCUGGACUUGCCAUCGGUCAACUCUAUGGAGGUGAAAUGCAACUUCCUUGGUGGUAAGUGUAUCCCCUUUCAGUCCAAUCUGUCAGUGGCUAAUUGAUUGAUGCAGGGGUUUUAUUAUUAUUGCAAUCAUCUCAUGUAUAUUCACAUUUCCAAACGGAGUUCUUUGGGGCAUCGCAAACAUGCAAGUUGGAAUGCAAUAUCUAUCCGAGGUGAUCGCUGGAGCUCUUUUCCCCGGCAAACCUCUGGCUGUUCUUACGUGUAUGGUCUACGGCCGACAGAUCUUGGAGCAGAAUCUCAACUUGAUAUCUGACUACAAGUUUGGGUUCUAUAUGAAGAUCCCAGAAACGGAGAUGUUUAUAGGCCAGAUGUAUGGUACACUUUUGGGUCCUUUCAUCAACUACGGAAUGAUGAGUAAGUUCUGUUCCAUUUUAUUCGGCGAAACUGUGACUAACUGACCACCCAGGAUUCAUCAUUGAUUCCGAAGGCCCAAAACUAACUGGCGCCGUUGCCUCGCAAGCCUGGAAUGCCGUCAAGACCCGCAAUUACUAUUCACUAUCUGUAAUUUGGGGAGUUCUUGGUCCUAAGAUCUUCUUCGGGCACGAUUCCAUAUACUCUUGGAUUUGCUAUGGAUUUUUCCUUGGUCCCAUACUCGUCAUCUUAACCUAUAUCGUCCAUAAAUGGAAACCUCACUGGAAGAUCGAGGAAAGAUGCAAUCCUACGUUGAUUUGCUAUGGUGCUACUUUCUUUCCGGUAUACCAGACAACAAAUCUGUUUACUAGUGCUGCUUUCUCUGUAUUUUUGUAAGUGCUUCUUUUUGGUUUUCUUCUUCUCUCCUUUUUUUUCGGAACAUCCCUUAUUGUAUUUCAAAGCUAACAUCCAAACAGCAUGGGCUACGUCUACCGCUACCAUCCUGUCUGGUUCCGAAAGUACAAUUACCUCCUUGGAGUCGGGCUCGAUUGCGGUACCCAACUCAUGCAAACAGUCAUGGUAUUUGGUCUCAAUCUCCCCAAUGCCACGUUUCCAAAUUGGUGGGGAAAUAAUGCAGUGGCUGUCGAUAGAUGUUUUGCGCCGGGGACUCUCCCUCCAAAUGCUUUGACCUGAGUAUGGAUUAGAUGUAGAUUGCUGGGAUUAAGUAAGACUGUGGAGAGUAGAGUUAGAAUUAUUAUGAAUGCAUUUUGAUUGUCUGUGUCCACUGU